UCUCCUGCGCAGACUAUUGUUAAGAACACCGCAAUAAUCAAAAUGCGACGCCAACUCGUGCUGUUCUGGCUUGCCGUGUCCUUAGUGACGAACAUAGAAGGACAUGCUAGAACAUUCACACGCUGUCAACUCUCCAGAGAACUCCUCCGGUACAACUUUCCACGUGCUUUGAUAUCAAAUUGGGUAUGUUUGAUCGAGCACGCCAGCGGAAGAACAACAGAAAAAGUUACCAAUCACAACAAUUCUUACACCAGCUUCGGAUUAUUCCAAAUAAACAACAAGGAAUGGUGUAAGAAAGGAAGGAAAGGAGGUCACUGCAGCAUGAAAUGCGAAGAUCUCCUAAACGAAGAUCUAGCUGAUGAUGUACGCUGCGCCAAGCGUAUCUACGACAGAGUUGGAUUCAAGGCCUGGCCUGCCUCUUAUGCUUAUUGCAAAGAGAAAAGCCUCCCUGAUCUAUCUAGAUGUUAAAAUAUAGAUGCAUAAAGUUGUAUUGUUAUAUCCUUAAUAAGUAUUAAAGU